UUUGCUAGGAGGAGAGGGGGUUCCCCGCUUUAAGGUUAGGGAAGCACAAACGAGGGAAGGGAUCCCCGCAACACUCAGGCGACCCCCGUGCGGAUUUCUCUACACUCGGUGCCUUCACUGUCCUUCUCUACUGCCCCCCGCCCCCCCCCCGCCCCUCACUCCACUGCUUGUGAGAUGCAGACCGUCCUCAUGUAGUCGAGGCACAAAAGUUGCGUUCUUAACCUAAGAGUAUUUCAUUUUUCCUUCUCAUGUUAAAGACGAAAGAAAAUGGGCGUGAGAGAGGUGUUCAGAGCCACCCAGCUUACUAGAGGCCGAGCCAGCACUAGCGCCCAGGGCUCCCGUCCGCCAGGGCCUGCCAGGCGGGGGCUUCCUCCUGGGCGCCUCAGUUCAUCGCUAAAACCCGCCCCUUCCCACCUUCCACCCCUUCAGACCCUCUCAUGGAUCUCCUCUCCUCCAGGGGAAGGACUCUGGUAGGAGGUCAUGGAGAGAAAACCCAGUAAGAUGAUAUAUGUAUAUUUUUAUGAGAUACUUAAACAGUGGGCAUAUGUUUAUUGUCUAAAAUAAAUUAGAAAAUGCCACUAUUGUAAAAACAAACGAACACAUCCUACCAUGCAAAGGUCACCAUUGUUAACAUUUUGUGUGUUUUGUCCAGAUUUUUUCUUCUUCUUUUUUUUUUUUUUUUUUUUUUUUUUUUACAAAAACCCAUUCCAUGUGCUGAAAUUGAUGUAGACAAACAGGCAACAGAGCAAAGUGUCCCAGUGUCCCCUUUGACCACUGUUUUGGACCCACUCUAUUGGGUCUGCCUUCCUGCACUUGUUCCCUGGGGUUCCUACAAGGUACCACAAACUGAGCUGCCUAAACAACACACACGUGGUCUCUCUUGACUCCCUUGACCUUAGAAGUGAAGGCGCGGGUGUGGCCCGUUCCUUCUGAGGCCCUGAUUGGGGGGCCCGUUCCCGGCCUCUUUCCCGCCUUCUGGGGCUUUGCCGGCAAUCUGUGCCCAUUCUUGGUUUCUGCUGCAUCACUCUGAGCUCUGCCAUCAUCCUCCCUGACGUUCUCCCUGUGUGAGUCCCUGGCCCCAGUUUCCCCCUUUUGUAAGGACGCUAGUCCUUCCUCCUGGACUGGGGCCUGUCCUCAUGACCACACCGUCACCUGAUCAUUGACAAAGGCUCUGUUUCUAAAGAAGGUCACAUUCUGAGAUAUUGACGGCUAGGAUCCCCAGCAGAUCUUCCUGGGGCACAGAGUUCAGCCCAGAACACUCUGCUGCCAGGAUGACAUCUCUGGUAACCCAGAGGGGUCCUGUUACUUGAGGCUGUAAUAGGGAACAGUCUCUCCUGGCUCGCUGGUGGGCCAGUGAACAUCUCACUGCCACAUCCGGGUUCUCUCUCUCCCUGUGGAUCUGCAGCCCUCCACUUCCUCCCACCCCCCAUGGAGGGCCUGUGAUCUCUUCUGUCUCUGCUCCUCCUUAACCCUUCCUUCUCCUCAUUGGACCACUUCUUUCUCCACCAGGGGCAGGGGUGGAGAAGGGGAAAUGGAAGAGAAGUGACACAGACAUUUCCUUGUUGCUUCCGGUAGCUCUCCCCCUGCCCAGCCAUCUGUCCUUUAUCACGCGGGAGGCCGCCUGAUGGCUUUGUAGGGGUGCAGAGCCUGUGACACGAGCAGGGGCUCUCUUCGCAGACCUCUGUGCCCGCUCCUGGCUCAGUGCUCUUGCUUCCCAGGGCUGGCUCUCUGUGUCCCGUAGGCAGCCUGCUUUCUCCCCAUGUUGUUCAGGCUCCCCUAGCUUCCUGCCCCCCACGUGGCCCCGGGGAACGCUGCAUCCUUGUUCUAACACAGGCAGGCCGUGCAGGUGUCUCCCAUUCCUGCCCCCACCCCCCACCCCCCCACCUGGCCACCAAGGUGGCCUCUGCGGGCUUCUCACUUCCAAGAGCUCCCUCCUGCCGUUGGGCUCCCGCAUCUGCAAAGCUUCCCCCAGAACGCUUGCGCCCCCCUCUGUUGAACCACCACGUGCCCAUGUGUUUCUGUAGCUGGGUAUGCGUCCAGCCUGGGGAGCCAGGUUACUCCCCCACUUUUGCCGGCUCAACCGUCCCUCUUGUCUUGGGAGGGGGGUAAAACACCAUGUAUCUACGUCUUCAGUAGUGCCCCUCCCUGCUCCUUUGCCCUUCCUUAUCCGAAGGAAGGUGUCCGUUAGGUUGGGUCUGCCAGCUCCUCCAGAGAAUUUGGGGUGUCUGGGAAUUGAGCUAAAACUUCAGGUACCCGGGGAAAAUACCACCCAUCUCUGCCUGUUACCCAUCUGUGAGUCAUGUGUUUGUGAAUUUCAUAGCUUCCUUUUUAUUUAUUUAUUUUUUCCCCACUUACUGGUGUUGCCAGAAGCUAGUUCUUACAGAUAUUCUGUAACAGUUUAAGUUGAUUCAUAGCAUGGCAUGCUUUGAUUGUGUCAUAAUUGAUUAACCAAUCUGUUAUUUUUAAGCACUUAGGUAGUCUCCAAUUUAAAAACCAAAACCAAAACUCCCUUGGAAUUCUUUAUGGAGUUUCUGUAAUUCUAGAGUUUGAGCGUCUCUGCAGACUUCUUGGACCCAACUCCAGUGUGUGUCUGUCCUGAGUAGGAACAUUCCUAAGACCAACCUCGUGUCUGUUCAGGAGAGAGAUAGGUGUGGGGUCCCGUUGAUGAUUCCAGCCACAGUAAACUUGCUCCUGAACCUUCGUGUUCCUGUCCCCUGGCCAAAUGAGGAAAGGAGGAGGAGGGCUCAGGAGAAGCCAUCAGAUCUUGUCCCAUGUUUGGUGUCUGCUUUCCCCCGCCCAGCAGGGAAGGACCAUGUCCCAGUACUGUGUUGAAUAGGAGAGGCAAGAAUGGGCCUCCUUGCCUUGUUCCAGAUCAAGGAAAGCUUUAGAGGGAAAGCUUUCACCACUGAGUAUGAUGUUAGCUGUGGGCUUUUCAUAAAUGGCCUUUAUUGUGUUGAGGGCUCAUUGUCAUUCCGAGACGUGGCUGUGGGGUUCACCCGUAAGGAAUGGCAGCAUCUGGACCCCACUCAGAGGACGCUGUACCGGGAUGUGAUGCUCGAGAAUUACAGCCACCUGGUCUCAGUAGGGUGUCAGGUCACCAAACCGGCUGUGAUCUCCAGGUUGGAGCGAGGCCAAGAACCGUGGAUGGAGGAGGAAGAACUCGUCAGAUGGAGCUUUCCAGAAGCAAUUUUGCAAGUCGACGGUCACGCAGGCAGACCACGGGAGCACCAAGCCACACUUCUGCGGAGCGGCGCCUUCCUGGACGGCCGGGAACCGACCGAGAGAGGGCCCCGGGCCUCCGUCCGCCAGAAGGCAGACCUUGAUCCCUCACAACGGCAGGGAUGCGCCUGUGACUCGUGUGGCGCGAGUCUGCCGCGUCACGGAGACGGUCGUCCCACCGCCUACCUGGCCAGGAGGCGCUUCGAGUGCGACGGGCAGGGGAACGUGUUCCUCUACUCCAGGCCCGACGGCCCGGCUCCGGGCGCGCGGCCGCGGCAGUGUGAGCGGUGCAGGUGGCCGGGAGGCCGGGCCCGCCGCGGGGAGCCCUUCCCGUGCGAGGCGGCCGUGCGCGCCGAUCCGCGGCUGCACGCGGGCCCCGCGCCCCCCGAGGCCGGCCUCUCCAGCCGCCUGGGCUGCCAAGAGCCGCCCGGCGGCCCCGCGCCGCCCCCGCGGUCCGGCCCAUCGCUGCCCGCCGCCCUUCUGGCCGGGGGGAAGCCCUACAAGUGCUCCGAGUGCGACAAGACCUUCUCGCACAAGUCCCGCCUCGUCGAGCACCACCGCUCGCACACGGGCGAGAAGCCGUACGGCUGCGGCCAGUGCGGCAAGGCCUUCUCCCGCAAGUCGUGCCUCCUCAUCCACCACCGCAUCCACACCGGCGAGAAGCCGUUCGGCUGCGGCGAGUGCGGCAAGGCCUUCUUCCAGAAGUCGCACCUCAUCCUGCACCGGCGGACCCACACGGGCGAGAGGCCCUACGAGUGCGGCGAGUGCGGGAAGGCCUUCUCGCAGAACUCCUGCCUCAUCAUCCACAGGAGGACCCACAUGGGCAAGAAGCCGUACGAGUGCUCCGAGUGCGGCAAGACCUUCUCCCAGAAGGCCAACCUCAUCCGCCACCACAGGAUCCACACCCGGGAGAAACUGCACGGCUGACGGGCACAGCCGCCGUGGGCCUCCCUCCCGCGUCCCCGCGCGUCUGGGAACGCGAGGACAAACCUCCGCGUGCCCCCCCCCCGCGCACCACCCUUCAGUGGGAAAUCCGGUGCCCCCGCGGGAAGAGAGCGCGACCGAGGGGAAGCCCCUCCCUCGACCGUAGGGAGGGGAGGGUGAGGACACUCUAGAGCCACCUGUUUUUACAAGAGCUGCCUCAUGACAGAGGGGAUGGCUGUGAAUUCACUCUGGUCGUUGAGCUUUCGAGUCUGUAAAUAAAUGUAAUCAUUUAAGACAACAGCUGUGAGCAACAUGGGAACAGUCCCUGGGACGGGGGCAUUUAGGGGUUGUGUUCCCAAUGAUGCUGCAUAGGAGGAAUUUUAUUUGUCAACGCAGUGGUAAUCCAACAGAAUUGUGAGCCUGGAGGCACAGCCACCAGACUGUAGAGAAUGACCUCUAUGGAGCCCCCGCACUAAAUCCUACCCUUUGGUCGCUGUAGGGUAUGUUAUACCCGGAACAGUACGAACUUAUUAAACCAGGAGUCCGUGCACCGUA